CCCACACAAGCUUCAUCCGCCGUCAUCAUCGGAGCUGUUCGAUCGUGGACCCCUCCUCACUGCAAGUGUGAUAUAAAAGUGCCUCUGUCCUCUCUAUUACCUGAGCAUAUUUGGCGUACGUCACUGCAUCGCACUUUGAAAAGCAAUAGAAUACUUCAAAAACUCCCAUUCAAAAUUACUUGAUCACUAACUCCAUCACAAUGGCUCCCUUUCUUGAUCUUUCGUCCAACUGGUCUCUCCAUUCGGUCCCCGCGGCCUUUGUGCUCGCCCUCCUCCCCAACUUCUACGCCAGCAUGGCUGCCGGUAAGAACUAUGACUUGGCCAACCCCCGCAAAACUGAGGAACACCUCGCCAAGGACACCACCCUCUCCAAACAGCAGGUAAACCGCAUCCUGCGCGCCAAGGCGGCCGCCAACAACGGGCUUGAGACCAUUGGGCUUUACGCCGCCGGCGUCGUGGCCGCCAACGCCGCCAAGUUGCCCGUGGAGACGGUCAACAAGCUCUCGCUCUUUUACCUUGGCACCAGACUGGUGUACAAUCUUGUCUAUGUCUUUUUGCAGGAUAACCGCAAGUUUGCGCCUGUGAGAAGUCUUGCGUGGAUGGCGGGGUUGGGAGCGAUUUUCAGUCUCUUUAUUAAGGCUGGGAAUGCGCUAUAACUAGCCUGGGUCUUUUGAGGACUUUGAGUUGUUGGGUGGUGCAGGUGACGGAAAUACCUGAUGGGACGUAAUUCGUAUUUCCCAGCAUAGGUAUAUGGUUGCGUAAAAGUAGCGAAAACUUGUUUUUUUGUCGAUUCCAUAAUUUAAAGAUAUGGAUGUCCUCGUCGUCCUGACGAAUACUAUCUGAGAGCUUCUUGG